AUGAUGUGGGCAGCCCAUGGUGACAAAAUGCCAGAGUUUGAUAUGGUUGUAGCACAAGAUGGAUCGGGGGAUUUCACCACAAUAACCGAUGCCAUAUUUGCUGCUCCCAACUGCAGUUUCCGUCGAUACCGCAUAAAGAUUAGAGCCGGAACCUAUAACGAGAACAUCAUUAUUGGUGCAAAGAAGACAAACUUGACAUUAAUUGGUGAUGGAAUGGAUAGCACGCUAAUUACGUGGAGAAAGAGAAAGAGCUCUAGUGAAGUAAACUCAACAUACGGCACAGCAACAGUAGGGAUACAUGCUAAUGGUUUUGUUGCAAAAUUUAUAAGUUUCGAAAAUACGGCUGGAGCAGAAAACAAAAACGAGCAAGCAGUAGCAUUACUAAGUGCAUCCAACUACUCAGCCUAUUACAGAUGCAGGUUCAUUGGACUUCAAGACACGCUUUAUGCCAAAAAAGACAUCCAGUUUUUCAGAGAAUGUGAAAUCUACGGUACUAUAGAUUUCAUAUUUGGAGAUGCAAGAGUCGUAUUUCAAAAUUGUAAAAUCCUUGCCCGCAAGCCAUUUCCUGGGCAGUCGAACACUAUAACAGCUGAAGGAAGAGAAAGUGCUUUUGGCAUUGGUGGGUUUGUAAUUCACAACUGCACAUUAACUGCAGCGCCUGAUCUCCUUGCUUCAACAUAUCCAGUCAAAACAUACUUAGGUCGGCCAUGGAAAGACUACUCAAGGACAGUAAUUAUGGAGAGCUUCCUUGAUGUUCUUAUUGAAGUACAAGGCUGGUUGGAAUGGAAAGGCAAUUCAACAAGAUCAAACACAAUAUAUUAUGAGGAGUACAACAAUCGAGGGCCUGGUGCAGACACAAAUGAUAGAGUCAAUUGGCAAGGUUACAGGGUUAUUUCUAGCCCUAUGGAGGCUAUUCCGUUUACCGUGCGAGCAUUUAUCAGUGGUGAUGCAUGGAUUCCAUCUACAGAAGUUCCAUAUGAACCUGAUUUGAUCGAAAUGCCACUAUUUAUUACCAGUCUUGCAAGCCAGGAUCUCGCAAAAAAGACUAAUCUAGUGAUGAUGAAAUCCCUUCCAUUGGCUGUGGCUUUUGUGCUCUUGGUUUUCAGCCAAUCCUCAGGAAUAUUGGUGCGUGCAGAUUUGGUCGACGAUACAUGCAUGAAGACCGACAACCCUGUCUUUUGCACGUCGACUUUAAGGUCGGCGCCGGGCAGCGCCAGCACGGACGCGUAA